UGCAAAGAUUGUUCCCAGCGCGCCCUUAUGCGGUUGCCAAGGCAACUGGACUGAGCCCGAGUCGGCGGGAAAGAGGCGGGCGAAUUUUUGCCUGCUGUCCUGAGGGACUUCAGAAGUAGCCAUCCCUGAGCUUCUAGCCCUAGAAACCACGGCCUCUGCUCCAGGCGGUGCCCCUGCCUCUAGGGGCCAUGGGCCGGAUCUCAGCACUCGUGCCCUCUCGUUUUCUGACGCUCCUGGCGCAUCUAGUGGUCGUCAUCACCUUAUUCUGGUCCCGGGACAGCAACAUCCAGGCCUGCCUGCCUCUCACGUUUACCCCCGAGGAGUAUGAGAAACAGGACAUUCAUCUGGUGGCAGCGCUCUCUGUCACCCUGGGCCUCUUUGCAGUGGAGCUGACCGGCUUCUUCUCAGGAGUUUCCAUGUUCAACAGUACCCAGAGCCUCCUCUCCAUCGGGGCUCACUGUAGUGCAUCUGUGGCCCUUUCCUUUUUCAUAUUUGAACGUUGGGAGUGCACCAUGUACUGGUACAUUUUUGUCUUCUGCAGUGCUCUCCCAGCUGUCACUGAAGUGGCAUUAUUCAUCAGCGUCUUUGGGCUGAAAAAGAAACCUUUCUGAUUACUUUCAUGGGAACAUAGGAAGAAAGAAUGGAGGAGCAGGGGACCAUUCACCUUUCCUGGAAGGAGGAAACCCCUCUAAAACUGCAUUUGGUGGAGGAUUUUAGUGUUAAUUAUUUGUCAAGUCUGGGAUUAUACGAGUUUUAUUUAGUGUUUUGUAAUGAAAUCAAUUUUAGAGUAACAUCAAAACUUAUAAAAUUUAAGGGGAGAAUUGGGGUAGUCAAACUACUAAAGAAACGGAAGGCUGUUUUCCAGCCUUGCAGACUGUAUCGCUUUUAUUUUGGUUAUUACGGUAAAAGUCUGGCGGAAGGCAGUGGGCGGAGAUAAGUAAAUAAUGGCGCUGAAGGUUAGGGCUGCAUGCUCGUGAAUGGAGCAUUCUGGGAGGAAUUAUUAUAUCCCUUCUGCAGCCAAAUGGGGAAGAAAAACAUCUGUUUUUGAAAGAUCUGCAAAUAAAUGCAGCAACAGAAAAGGAAGAAUCUAAUUUUGGAUAGGUCAGCGUACACGUUGUUUACUCACCCUAUUUGAAAGCGGAAUGCUUUUCAGGGAGUCCGGAAUGUCUUACACUAGCAAGUAUCGUCAGGUAGGAUAAUCCUUACCUGUUUCUCCUUUACGGAGAACAGAUAUGAAAAUGAUGAUUGGAGUUCGCAUGAUUCGUGAUUAACGACUCUGCGUAAUCAGGACUUGCAACACCCUGAUUGCUCCUAUCUGAUUCUCCCUGGCGAUCAGUAAACUUUUUUUCUUUCUUGAUAACGGGUUCUUAAUAGUAGAAGUUGGUCUAUUUGGGCUUUAUAUAUAGCUAGGUUUAGUGUCAGUUAUGGCUUUGGGACUUAGCUCAUUUAUUAAUGAGUGGUAUUGCUUUUUUGGGAGUCGCUUCAACUUGUAGAGAAUGUCGGAGUUUUCUUUUCCCUUUUUUUCUUCAAUUGUUAGGAAGUUCUAGAUGUUUACAUGUUUUUUAAUUUUGAAAGUUGAGGGAAUCGAAGAGUUGUUUUGUGUACCUUCGGUCGAUCUUCUAUAAAAUAAUCGUUAAUGUUGGUUGGA